AUGUUGACAACGAGCGUCGUCGUAGUCCUGGCGCUGGCGCUCUGCAGCGCCGGCUCUACCGGAGACUUGGACCCGAACACUGCCACCCUCGUCGAAGCAGGAGCUGCUGAGGAUAACCAGCUUAACAGCACCCUCCCUGCUGAGCAAUACUUCAUUGACAAAAUAUUCGAUAAAUAUGGAGAUAAAGGAGUCAUUACAUUUGAGGGAUUUGAGCAUCUACUAGAUAGCUUGGGCCUCGGAGGACGUGUGUUUACGUCACCUCACGACCUGGCCAUUCACCGCAUCAACGGGACCUUCCGACAACUGCACGAUACACAGCACAGGCACCGCAGAUCACCUCCAGCCGUUUCAACUGAACCCAUCCUGCAAAAGUCAUGCCUGUCUCCAAGGGAAAUUUUGGAGGUUUAUGGAAUGGAGAAUGAGGCCCCAGGAGUCAUAACCAUCAGGCCCAAAACUUUCCUGGAGAUGUGUCCUGCUCUAGUGUACCAAUUAGACCAACGAUCUUGUUACAAAACAGAAGCACCUGCACCGAAGCUGGACAGGUUUUGGACUUGGAUUUAUGCCACUUUGAGCAUAUUAGUCAUCAGUGCAACUGGAUUACUCGGAGUUGCUAUUGUUCCUUUGUUGAAGUCAGCGAUAUUCAGCCACGUGCUGCACUUCUUGGUAGCUAUUGCAGUCGGUACUUUGUGUGGUGAUGCGCUGCUGCACUUGCUGCCACACGCGCUCAAAUCACAUGGACCCCCUUCAGCACCACAGGAAGAAACCGAAACUGUACUAAAAUGCAGUGUCACCUUUCUUACGAUUUUAUUAUUCUACAGUGUAGAAGCAAUCAUGCAAACAAUUAAUGGUGGUCACGCUCACUCCCAUGAUUCCGGUACAGAUGUUGCAGAGAUCAAAACCGAUUCUGGCAAACAAAUAGAACCAAUAGAACUGGGCGCAAUGAUGCCAGGCUCACCACCUCCGCCCGUCGACCGGCCGAUGACGUCGACUGCGCUCAUGGUGAUUGUAGGAGACGGGCUACACAAUUUAACAGAUGGGCUAGCAAUUGGAGCGGCCUUUAGUGGAGAUCCGGUAACUGGUUUCGCAACGGCAUUGGCUGUAUUUUGUCACGAGCUCCCUCAUGAGCUAGGUGAUUUCGCAGUACUGUUACGCUCUGGAAUGAGUAUCAGACGCGCCCUAUAUUACAAUCUACUUUCGUCGGUGCUUAGUUUUAUGGGCAUGGCCGGUGGAAUUUGGCUCGCAGAAGAUCAUGAGUCUGCUUCCCAGUGGAUCUAUGCAGCCACUGCUGGAACUUUCUUCUAUAUUGCUCUUGCAGAUUUGGUGCCAGAGAUUAAUGCAAACAACCAUGGUAAAAGCAUUAAUUUACUACUGGCCAUAUUAGGAAUAUUGUCGGGUGGCAUUAUAAUGCUAAUGAUUGCUCUCCACGAAGACUCAAUACAAUAUCUUUUUAGAAAUUCAGAACAAUAA